GAUAACAAAGAGAGGGAGUGGAAAUUUCUUUGGGGUAUAUUUAUUUUGAACCAGAAUUUGUUUGCAAGUUUUUAAUUAUCGUAGCCCUCAGCUUGCUUGUAAAAUGUCCUAGAGUUCGCUUGACACCGCCGCGUUUUCCAAUCGCUUCAAGUUUUUGUUGUGACGCUGAUAUUUCGAUGGAUUUUCACGGCUUUUCACAUAUCGCCUGAGACAGACAGUCGUCGGACAUAAAUAACUGUGGGGUGCCAGCUCACCGAGAAGGCGCCCAAGAUGAAAAUCCAUUUUCGGGAACAGUACGGCACGAAGGGCGAGGAAAUCCUGUAUGUGACGCCAGCAGAUCAGAGCAACAUUGUGAGGGUACCGCUGCGCGGCGAUAAGCUAGUCAUCCAGGAGAAGUUCCUGCUCUUCCGCCUGCUGCAAAAGAUAUUUCUGCCCAAGGGCUAUCCGGACAGUGUCAGCGAGGAUUAUGCGGCAUAUCAGGUCUGGGACACUGCCCAGGCCUUCUGCAGCACCAUCUGUGGGACGCUGUGCACUCAUGCCAUCCUCAAAGGCAUCGGCGUGGGCAGCGAGAAUAUCAAUGCUUACUCCGCCACAGUCACCUGGAUCCUGAAGGAGGGCAGCGGCCAUGUGGGCCGCAUCUUCUUCGCCUGGUGGCAGGGCUCCCAGCUGGACGUGGACUCGAAGAAGUGGCGGCUGCGAGCGGAUUUCCUCAACGAUCUGGCCAUGGGCAUUGAGAUCUAUGUGCUUCCCAAGUAUCCGCAUCUAAGCACCCAAAUCCUGUGCGGCUCCACUCUGCUAAAGGCGAUUGUGGGCGUGGCAGGAGGAGCAACGAGAGCAGCGCUAACGCAACACCAUGCCCUGCGUGGAAAUCUAGCUGAUGUGGCCUCUAAGGAUAGUUCGCAGGAGACGUGCGUCAACCUGGUGGCCUCGUUUGUGGGCCUCUACCUCCUCUCGCUGAUCAAGAGCCAGACGGUGUUGUAUACCAUCUUCUACGUGGUGGUCAGCCUGCAUUUGUAUGCCAAUCUCAAGGCGGUAAGGGCGGUUUGCCUGCGAACAUUCAACGAGUCGCGAUAUUUGAUUGCCUUGGAGGAGUUCUUCCGGUCCUCGAGAAUGCUAAGUCCACAGCAGGUUAAUGCCAUGGAACGAGUCACAAUCGGCCAGACCGUGUCUGUGUCCUUGAACGUCAAGCUGGGGUUGAGCGUAAAGAAUCUAAUUGAUGAGUACAAGAGCAGCAGCGUCAUUGACAACAUUGUGUCCUCCUUUGAUCCCCACGAGCACUUCAUCAUAGCGGAGACGAAAAAGUGUUUGGGCGUCUAUCUGCACUUCGAUACGCGUCCCCAGGAUGUGCUCAAGGCGUACUUCUUUGCGGUGUCCUAUCUGCAGGAUCGCAAUCAGAUUAAGGAGAAGUACUGGGACAUACAGACCAAGUGGCAGGAGUUCCUCACGCUGGCCCAACAGGAGGGCUGGAUGAUCCAUCACCAUUUGUUGCUGGUGGAUGAGUUCCGUUUGGACUGGAAGGUGUAGGUGCAGGAAGGCUUGACUUUGACCUGAGUUGCUUGCUUGAUUUCAUUCGCAGGACUUCAUUAUCAUUCCAACACAUAUCUCACAUGAAAACAUUGAUCUAUUGACUAAGUGCUAUUGAUAUUUACCUAGAUUUAGCUUCGUGAAACAUCUUCCAACUAACUCUGCCUUAGCACAAAGUAAUGUUUGUAAUAGGAUACAUUUUAGCCCUGCUUUUUGCCCAUGAAUUUAUCAAGCGAUGACAUUAUUUCAAUUACUAGCUGCUACUCUAGGACUAAAAGGGAAUCUGAACACAAAAGAAUCUAUUUUGUAAGGACUUAUUGUAUGAUGUAAGCAUCGAUAUUUUGAUAUUUCGAGAGCCCAUGUGUACUUUUUAGAGUGUAAUCAAGGAAUAAUCUCACAACGAACUGCUGCAUACUUAAUACAAAUUCUUAUGUACAAAGUUUUUGGCGUGCAAUAUUAAGUUAAUUAUCCUGCUUCGAAUAUCUAUGGAAUAAGUUUGGCGUCCAUUUUAAGCUUACGGCAUAAUGCUUUCCAAUUAAUGCAAUAUAUACAUACAAUAUAUAAAUUAUGUGCAUACCGUCUCACCAGCAAAAAUGAUUUUAAAUGAAACCAAUUAAUAAACACGAUUUUAUGAAAAGAAAA